AUGCCGGCCGUGAGCCUCCCGCCCAAGGAGAACGCGCUCUUCAAGCGGAUCCUGAGAUGUUAUGAACAUAAACAGUACAGAAAUGGAUUGAAAUUCUGUAAACAAAUCCUCUCUAAUCCCAAAUUUGCUGAGCAUGGAGAAACUCUGGCUAUGAAAGGAUUAACAUUGAACUGUUUGGGGAAAAAGGAAGAAGCUUAUGAAUUGGUUCGUAGAGGUUUGAGAAAUGACUUGAAGAGUCAUGUGUGUUGGCAUGUUUAUGGCCUUCUCCAGAGGUCAGACAAGAAAUAUGAUGAAGCCAUUAAGUGUUACAGAAAUGCGCUAAAAUGGGAUAAAGACAAUCUUCAAAUCUUAAGGGACCUUUCUUUAUUACAGAUUCAAAUGCGAGAUCUUGAGGGUUACAGGGAAACGAGGUAUCAGUUACUUCAACUUCGACCUGCACAGAGAGCAUCAUGGAUUGGUUAUGCUAUUGCUUACCAUUUAUUAGAAGAUUAUGAAAUGGCAGCAAAGAUUUUAGAAGAAUUUAGGAAAACACAGCAGACAUCCCCUGAUAAAGUGGAUUAUGAAUAUAGUGAACUCCUUUUAUAUCAGAAUCAAGUUCUUCGGGAAGCAGGUCUCUAUAGAGAAGCUCUGGAACAUCUUUGUACCUAUGAAAAGCAGAUUUGUGAUAAACUUGCUGUAGAAGAAACCAAAGGGGAACUUCUGUUACAAUUAUGUCGUUUGGAAGAUGCAGCUGAUGUUUACAGAGGAUUGCAAGAGAGAAAUCCUGAAAACUGGGCCUAUUACAAAGGCUUGGAAAAGGCACUCAAGCCAGCUAAUAUGUUAGAACGACUAAAAAUUUAUGAGGAGGCCUGGACUAAAUAUCCCAGGGGAUUAGUGCCAAGAAGACUGCCAUUAAACUUUUUAUCUGGUGAGAAGUUUAAAGAAUGUUUGGAUAAGUUCCUAAGGAUGAACUUCAGUAAGGGUUGUCCACCAGUCUUCAAUACUUUGAGGUCGUUAUACAAAGAUAAAGAAAAGGUGGCAAUCAUAGAAGAAUUAGUAGUAGGUUAUGAAACCUCUCUAAAAAGCUGCCGGUUAUUUAACCCCAAUGAUGAUGGAAAAGAGGAACCACCAACCACAUUACUUUGGGUCCAGUACUACUUGGCACAACAUUAUGAUAAAAUUGGUCAGCCGUCUAUUGCUCUGGAAUACAUAAAUACUGCUAUUGAAAGUACACCCACGUUGAUAGAACUCUUUCUUGUGAAAGCUAAAAUCUAUAAGCAUGCUGGGAAUAUUAAAGAAGCUGCAAGGUGGAUGGAUGAGGCCCAGGCCUUGGACACAGCAGACAGAUUUAUCAACUCCAAGUGUGCAAAAUACAUGCUAAAAGCCAAUUUGAUAAAAGAGGCUGAAGAAAUGUGCUCCAAGUUUACAAGGGAAGGAACAUCAGCGGUCGAGAACUUAAAUGAAAUGCAGUGCAUGUGGUUCCAGACAGAAUGUGCCCAAGCUUAUAAGGCAAUGAAUAAAUUUGGUGAAGCACUUAAGAAAUGCCAUGAGAUUGAGAGACAUUUUAUAGAAAUCACUGAUGACCAGUUUGACUUUCAUACAUACUGUAUGAGGAAGAUUACCCUUAGAUCAUAUGUGGACUUACUAAAGCUAGAAGAUGUACUUCGACAGCAUCCGUUUUACUUCAAGGCUGCAAGAAUUGCUAUAGAGAUCUAUUUGAAGCUUCAUGACAGCCCUCUUACAGAUGAGAAUAAAGAACAUGAAGCUGAUACAGCAAACAUGUCUGAUAAAGAGCUUAAGAAGCUACGUAAUAAACAAAGAAGAGCUCAAAAGAAAGCCCAGAUAGAGGAAGAGAAAAAAAAUGCAGAAAAAGAAAAGCAGCAGAGAAAUCAGAAAAAGAAGAAGGAUGAUGAUGAUGAGGAAAUUGGAGGUCCAAAAGAAGAACUUAUUCCGGAGAAACUGGCCAAGGUUGAAACUCCAUUGGAAGAAGCUAUUAAAUUUUUAACGCCAUUGAAGAACUUGGUGAAGAACAAGAUAGAAACUCAUCUUUUUGCCUUUGAGAUUUACUUUAGGAAAGAAAAGUUUCUUUUGAUGCUACAAUCAGUAAAGAGAGCAUUUGCUAUUGAUUCUAGUCAUCCCUGGCUUCAUGAAUGUAUGAUUCGACUCUUUAGUACUGCGUGUGAAAGUAAAGAUUUACCUGAUGCAGUUAGAACAGUAUUAAAACAAGAAAUGAAUCGUCUUUUUGGAGCAACGAAUCCAAAGAACUUUAAUGAAACUUUUCUGAAAAGGAAUUCUGAUUCAUUGCCACAUAGAUUAUCAGCUGCCAAAAUGGUAUAUUAUUUAGAUCCUUCUAGUCAGAAGCGAGCUAUAGAGUUGGCAACAACACUUGAUGAAUCCCUCACUAACAGAAACCUCCAGACAUGUAUGGAGGUAUUAGAAGCCUUGUGUGAUGGUAGCCUAGGAGACUGUAAAGAAGCUGCUGAAGUUUAUAGAGCAAAUUGUCAUAAGCUUUUCCCUUACGCUUUGGCUUUCAUGCCUCCUGGAUAUGAAGAGGAUAUGAAGAUCACAGUUAAUGGAGAUAGUUCUGCAGAAACUGAAGAACUGGCCAAUGAAAUUUGA